AUGACCGUCCUUUGCCUCUUGCUGCCACUUCUGUCUCUUGUGACAACUGUCGCGGGCGCCCAAUGGCCACUGACGGGGAACUCGCACGAGCCGACAGCGUAUGAUGGGUUCAUCCCCGUCGGCGCGCUUCGAACCGCUGUGCGCGGGGACAAGUUCACGACAUUCGGGCAUCCUCUCUUCCCGGGAUAUAGUGCGCGCAUCAAACGACUCAACAACUGGUGUGAUGAGCAAGUGGGGGCAUAUACUGGCUACAUCGACGUUCAAGCUCGCCAUCUCUUUUUCUACUUCUUUGAGAGCAGAAAUGACACCGACAAGGACCCGAUUGUGCUUUGGACAAACGGAGGACCUGGCGGCUCGUCCUCCAUGGGUUUAUUCCAGGAGCUCGGUCCUUGUCGUAUCACCAAUGCGACUGCAGGGCCGGUCCCAUUCAAAGAGUCUUGGAACGAAAACGCGGGAGUCUUCUUCAUAGAUCAGCCGAUGGGAGUGGGGUUUAGCUACGCAGACUUCGGAGAGUCUGUGUCGACCACGGAAGAGGCUUCCAUUGACAUCGCGCGCUUCAUGUUCCUCUUCUUUGAGAACUUCCCUCAGUUCAAGGGGCGUGAAUUGCACCUCAGCGGAGAAUCUUAUGGCGGGCGAUACCUCCCGCUGUUUGGCGCGGCGAUCUACGACCAGAAUGAGGAACUUGCUGAAGCGGGUCUUGAGCCAAUCAACCUGGUCUCCGUCGUGAUCGGCAACGGCAUGACAGAUAGCCACCUCAUGCUCCCCGCAUGGUACGAGUAUGCUUGCACGCGUCAUAGCUCGGAUAUCACGCCCAUUUUGGACGUCAGUACCUGCGUUCGAAUGAAGAGAGCGGUUCCGCGCUGCGCCAGACUCCUGAAGGAGCAUUGCGAAGACGUGCUAGACACCAUGAAUUGCCAGCACGCCUUCUCAUUCUGCGCUAGUGAGAUCUCUGCCCCUGUAGAAGCACUAGACAUCAACCCGUACAACGUCCUGCAACCCUGUUCAAGCCCUCCAGAUUGCUACGUUGAAUUUUGGGUCGGGUCUUUGCCCCAUGGUAUGCUUGGAGUGGAUCCUGCAGUGCCCACCCCGUACCAAGGCCAUAGUGACAAAGUAGGGUACGCGUUCAUCGUAGACGGAACAGAUCUACAACGCACUGCGACCGCCCACGUAGCAGCACUACUUGAACGCGGUGUCCGCGUGCUCAUCUAUAUUGGCAAGAAUGAUUACGUAUGCAACUGGAUUGGGAACUGGAAAUGGCUGACUGUACUUGACUGGACGGGAGCAGAGGCAUUCAAGGAGUCCGAAACACGGAACUGGGAGGUCGAUGGGAAGGUUGUGGGCGAAACGAGGAGCUCAGGGCAUUUGACGUGGGCUACAAUCGAAGGGGCAGGGCAUUUGGUGCCGUACGACCAGCCAGAGGUGGCGUUGACGAUGGUCAACAGGUGGUUCGGAGGUCAACCGUUGUAG